GCAGCUCUCUUUACAAACCGAGCCUUCCGCAAUGAACGCUGCCACGGGCACCUGGCAGUUACGCCGGAUCAUAAUCCGCUAUUCCGAAACCGGUGGUAGUAGCCUCGGAACUCGCUUCUAUUUGCGGCAUUUGCUGCCUGUGUGGAAGGAGAGAAACCCGCAGGUCUUGGUGGUUACUGAGCACUCGCAGCUUGAUCACCCGGAGUUGCAGGCCGAAUGGACCAGUGGCGAGCGCUUCGAGAUUUCCCUCAGAAAGAUGCGACCUCGCCAGAUCGAGGAGAGGUGGAGAGCGUCAGAGCCUGUCCAACAGGGGAGAGGUAUGUCAACCCCUUCUUGCGAUGACUUGAUGAAUCUCCAAAGAAAUUCGGAGUCUCCAAACUUGUAUUUGCGCCAUGGAGGGCCGCGUGUUUGGACCGAGCGGCGGAGUGUGCAAGGGCUGUGGCAACCUUCAGCAGAAUUGAUGUUCAAGGUCUUGAAGUUUGCACGACAACCUUCUUGGAGUGGAGCCGGCAAGGAGGAGCUGAAGUAUUCAUCGCAAACCAUCAAGCUUUGCAAGCAGCACCUCUUGGAAAAGCGGGGUCGUUGGGGUGAUCAGUCCCAACCAAAGGGCUUUGACCGGCACCUUUUAGAGGAUGUGCUCAACCAGCCAUUCCUAUCAGACGCCCCACAUCAGAACCACUUGAACGACGAGUGAAACAGCCCGUUGAAUUUAGCCAUUCAGCUCCCAAAGAGGUGUGAACACAGCUAGGGUUUCACAGACCGAGCCUUUGCAGAGAAUUGCCAAGUUGCUUGACAAAUCCAAGGCAUCCGAGACAUGGUUCCAAAGCAGCGG